AUGAUGAAUUACACUACAAGUGUCAUCAGAUAUCCAAGGGAGGCUACAAUUUUUGCAGCUUGUUGUGCCAUAGUGUUUUGUGUCGUAGGGGUAAUAGGAAACUCUGUGACUGUAUUGGCUUUAAUCCGAUGCCCAAAACUCCGAGUCCACGCUACAACAGCAUUUGUUCUGUCUCUGUGCUUAUCGGACUUGAUAUUCUGUUCGAUCAAUCUUCCUCUGACUGCAGCCAGGUACAUCUACGAAGCCUGGAUUCUAGGAGAAGCUUUGUGUAAGCUGUUUCCGGUGCUUUUCUAUGGCAACGUCGCUGUUUCGGUACUCAAUAUGGUGGCUAUUACGUUGAACAGGUACGUUCUCAUAUCAUGUCAACAUUACUACAACAUAUUAUUCUCGAAGUCUGCCAUAUGGAUACAACUUUUCUUCAUAUGGGGUAUCGCAUUUCUCUUGAUGGUACCACCGUUACUGGGAAUGUGGGGCCAGCUCGGCUUGAAUCCGUCGACAUUUUCCUGCACAAUUUUGAAUAAGAAUGGAAAGUCGCCGAAAAAUAUGAUAUUUUUGGUUGGCUUCAUUCUACCAUGUGUUGUCAUCAUUUUGGCAUACUCAUGCAUAUACUACAGUGUCCGAAAAUCCAGAAAGAAAUUGAGAUCCCAUCAACCGAUUUCUGAUAAAAGAAGCGGACGUCGGGAGAAAGACGACAGCAGAUUGACAAAACUGAUGGCGAUUAUAUUCGUAUGCUUUCUGACUUGCUUUUUCCCUCUGAUGUUGGUGAAUGUAUUCGACGAUCACGAAAUCAGAUAUCCGGUGGUGCAUGUCCUCGCAUCUGUCAUGGCUUGGGCAUCCAGCGUCAUCAAUCCGUUCAUAUACGCUGCCAGCAACAGACAGUACCGAUCUGCGUACUCCAAACUGUUCAGGAUAGUCAAGUCGAGCGUCGUUUUUUCGGACUCGAAACAGCCCUCGAACAAUUUCAGACCUGAUAGGAAUUCUGUAACGUAUAAACCCAGUGUCGCAAGUGACAUGUGA